UCACCUUUCAAAACGUUUUUGCCAUUCAGAUAUUCUGUUCCUCUUGGUUUGCCGAACGACCAGGUUCUUCGGAAUGCGUACCUUACUUCUGUAUAUGGUUGGUACUUACCUUCUAAGCAUUAUUGGUUCUACCGACUUAGAAAGUAUUCAAUGUCCAAAGAUUUACGAUGAUACCUAUCAAUUUUGCGUUUGCAAGCAAGAGCUAGCCUUUGACACCAGUGGUAGCAGCAGCAUCCAUCCAAACUGUACGUGUCAGCAGAAAAACUUCAAUUUCAACAUCACCUUGAACGAGAGCCCUAACUGCAACUGCAACCCGCAAGUUUAUGGUUUCAGCAAAACAUUUUUCGAGUGUAUUGCUUGCCCUAAAGACAGCACUCGUCAAUAUCUCGAUUGUUCCUGUGAUGACGAUAGCCCUGCCUAUGAAAUUAUCAAAAAAAUCUGUGAAAGAUGUGAGGACGGAAGCUAUGGAAAUUUUCCGAAUUGCACUUGUCCCGAUGGAGCUACAUACAACUUAAACUUCCGACGUUGUGUGCUUGAAUCCAAAAAUGGAUCGAUACAGUGUCCGGUUGGAAGCAAGGGCACCUAUCCGAAUUGUACUUGCCAAGGUGACGGAAUCUACAGAGAAUUAGCAAACAUUUGCAUUGAAUGUCCUUAUCAUAGUACCGGUGUCUAUCCGAACUGUAUCUGCAAGUUUGAUGGUACAUACAACCAAACCAGAAAUGUUUGCAUAAUCUGUCCAUUCAAAAGUGAUGGAGUGUAUCCGAACUGUGUUUGCCAAGGUAGAGGCAGUACAUACGAGGUAGAUUCGAAUUCGUGUUACAGUUGUCCAGCUAAUAGCACUGGAACAUAUCCAAAUUGUGAUUGUGAAUGUUCGUUUCAGUAUUUUCGGGAAACGAACAGUUGUGAGCGUUGCCCGGAAAAUAGUGCGGGCGUUUAUCCGCAUUGCAAAUGUUACAACGGAUACUACAGCAAAACUCAUAGGAGUUGCAUUGAAUGUCCAACAGACGCUACCGGUUUUUAUCCAGCUUGUAAAUGCAAUGACGAAAAUUUAAAAUUCAGCGCGUUCAUCAACCAAUGCUAUCGUGACUGUCCAGCAAAUAGUUCAGGAAUUCAGCCUGAUUGCAUUUGUGACAAAGGAUGCCAAUUAUUUUACUACGAUGCCACCGAUGUGGCAUGUAAAAGCAAUAUUGGGAGAACAUGUCCAUCCGAUAGUAACGGAACUGGUCCGGACUGCUUAUGUGUAAGAGAAAAUCAGUAUUUUGAUACGUGCACCUGGGAAUGUAUUAAAGAAGGGACUUAUGGUGCUGGCUCUUUCAUCUCUCAUUGUCCAGGUAAUGGCAAAUGGCCACAAUGUGAAGCAUCAAUCGAUUUCAAAGUAUUACAAAGCUCAGUUGGUUAAAAAUUUGUGUAAUCGAAUGGCAAUAAAAUUGUGUUUGAUAAUGA